GUGACCUUUGAGGAUGUGGCCUUGUAUUUCUCCUGGGAGGAAUGGGCUCUCCUUGAUGAGGCUCAGAGAUGCCUGUACCACGAUGUGAUGCUGGAGAAUUUUGCACUUACAUCUUCAUUGGGAAUAUGUGUGUUUGAUUGUGGCCUAUUGCCCCAGGCCCAGGGCUGUUAUAUAAUACCAUACUGAAAAGCUGGAGCUGCAGCUGAUGAAGAUUCCAACAGAGAUUCCAUCAACAGUUACACUUUAUCCAAUCACGUCUUUAAAUGCAUUAUUGUCCCUGAUCCUAUAAAAGGGAGGAGCCUUGGGAAGGCACGUCAGAUGAACCCAGUUCAGAAAGUGAGUCACACAGCAAGUCCUCAGCCUUCAGUUCAAGAUUACCCAGUCUGAAGUUCAGUCUUCUGGAGGAGCUUGCAGUUCUUAAACAUCCACCAGUUGUUGAAAGAGAUCCCCCAAGAAACAAGUCAGCAGAGCUUGAAUCCCUGAAGUUGCGGUUCUCUGAGAAUUCUUGUUAAGAAUGGCUUUAGACCUCAGAAUCUCCUUUCAAGAUGAACCAUCAAGGAAGGAUCCUGUGUCAGAUAAUCUAGAGCUUAAACCCAGCCAAGGAUCUGCCAUCCAGGAGAGAGAGGGGAUCUCUGAGUUCCAGAGCACUCAGCUCAGCUUAUUUCAAAACAAUAAUAACUCAAGUGCAAGGCAGGAGCUGCAAAGACUCUAUAAAUUAUUUCAUUCAUGGCUGCAGCCAGAAAAACACAGCAAGGAUGAAAUAAUUUCUCGUUUGGUCCUGGAACAGUUUAUGAUCAAUGGCCGCUGCGGUGACAGGUCCACUUUACAAGAGAAAUGGAAUGCAAGCGGCAGAAACCUGGAGAAAUUCAUGGAAGGUCUGACCGAUGAUGGCAUGAAGCCACCUGGCUUAGUCCACGUCCACAUGCAGGGACAGGAAGCCCUCUUUAGUGAGAAUACACCCUUAAGAGAAGUCAUUGUUCACUUCACAAAACAGUUGUCGACAGGAACUCCAGCAAGAGAGAAAAUGGGGACACCUUUCUGGGUGCCUCAAGAUACUUCCCUUGAAACAAGACAAAAAUGUGAAGGUAAAGAAAAUUGUGGCAACAUUUCUUUGAAAACUUGUCAAGUAAAUGACCGUAUUACUAGUCCAAGCAAUCAAAUACCUUUCCUACUCAUUAUCCAAGAAGAGAACAGUCCGAGGCCUGAAGAAAGAGGUGUUUGUUUGGAGAAUCCACUCAGCUCCAGAAGAGCAGGUCCAGACCCCUCCAGGUCCCAGGAAGGAUCCCUGAAAGGACCCUCCUAUCAAGAUGUCCUUGUGGAGGUGGAACCAGAGUUUCUCUUCAAGCCAGACCAGGUCACCCUUGAGUCUGUUUCUACGCACCAGAGCACUGAGGGGAAUUCUGCACAUGGGGAACACCAAGAAAGAUUCCACGGAGCCCCAAAAGUAUACAAAUGUGAGACGUGUCCCAAGAUCUUUAGGUAUUCCUCUCGGUUAAAAGUUCACCAGAAAAGACACAAUAAUGAGAGGACAUAUAUUUGUGCUGAGUGUGGCAAAGGCUUCUUCCAGGCAUCAGACCUACAUGUGCAUCAGAGGAUUCAUGCAGGAGAGAAGCCUUUCAUGUGCAGCAUGUGUGAAAUGGCCUUCAACCACAAAACCAACCUUCGGGCUCACGAGAGAAUCCACACGGGAGAGAAGCCCUAUGUAUGUUCCCUUUGCCAGAGACGCUUCCGCCAGUCCUCCACCUACCACCGCCACCUUAGGUUUCACCAGAAAAUUGCCCUUAAAAGUGUUCCCUCCACACUAAAAUCUCCCUUGGCUGUGGCCCCAAUGUGAUGUAUAUAAAUUAUGUAUGUGCGUAUGUUUAUUUCCAUAGUACUGCUCUAUAGAAUAUACUUUAUAAAAAUAAUUUAAAAAAGAAAAAAUGUGGCAACUUCCCUGGCGGUCCAGUGGUUAAGACUCCACACUUCCACUGCAGGGGGCACAAGUUCCAUCCCUGGUCCAUGAACUAAGAUCCCACAUGCCUUGCAGCACGGCCAAAAGUAAUAAUAAUUAAAUAAGAUUAAAAAUUUAAAAAGGAAAGAAAAUAAAUUUUAAAAGACAGUUAAAAAAAAAAGAA